AUGGCUGCUGGCGUGAUUGAAGAGAUUGUGAAUGAUGCUGUUGACACUGCAUUGGAUUCAGAAGAUAUGGAAGAGGAGAUCGAAGAAGAAGUUGAUAAAGUCCUAACUGCAAUAGCUGGUGAGACUGUAGCACAACUUCCAGAAACAGUCAGGAAGGAGAGGUUAAAGCAACCUUCCCAGGCAGCAGAAGAUACAGAGGAAGAGGGCGUCGACGAUGAGGAAGAAUUAGAAGAAAUAAGGGCCCGUCUGGCGAAAGUUAGGUCAUAAUUUGAGCCUGUAACUGUCUUCCUCGGUCCCUCUCCUCAUGGCAUCAUAAUGAAAAGGUCAGCGUUUUAAAUUGCGGAUACUUGUAUGAGAUUUCUGCAGUCAAAUACAAUUUCUUUCUGGAGUGAGACGAGUGAAAUUAUUCUGUAUUAUACAAAAACAGCUGUUAUAUAAAAUCACAAAAUGCUGGCUGUAAUUUAUGCAAUGUUCUAUACUAAUUGCCAAUUUUUUCUUGAGUCAUUAGUUAUUACCCUUGUUGGCAUUAAUUUCGAAUGGUGAACUUCUCAUAUUCUCCUUAAAGAACAAUAAUCAGCAUGG